UACGCCGUAGUUGUUAUCAUUUUGAUUGCCUUAUUUGUUUAUGUCAUGGUAUACUAUUAAAUUUUUAUACAAUGUCCCUUAACAACCUUAUUUCGGGGAGUGUUGGUAAUAUAUUUCGGGAAACUCGACGGAAAAUAAACAAAUAUCUACUAUGAAAUAGACUAAUCAAAAAUGGCCAACAAUGCACCCAACAAUCCAUUCGAAGGAGUAGCAAAAGGUUUAAAUUCUCCGGAACUGAAAUCAAACAAAACAAUACCUUUUGUCGACGAAUGUGUAGAACUCGAUCAAGUUAAAAAUGAAACGACACGUCCGAAAACACUUGACAUACGAAAACAUGAGAUGGAAGAUGAGAAACCACAGACGCUGAAAGAGGACAAAAUACAUGCCAAAGAUUUAGGGGCAGUUCACACACCUAACAGUGACACAAUAGUGGUAAACACACCUGAAGGAACUUUGUAUAUUACAUUAGAUCCUGAAUCAAAGUCAUCCCCGACAAGUCCUAAUACUCAGUCUACUGACGUAUCAGAAUCUCCGAGCACAUCCAAAGCAUUCGGUGCUCAGGAGUCAAAUGACAUGAUAAUUAUGGAGAAAGAAGUAGAACAAAGAAGAGCAGGGUUAAGAAGGAACUCUAUAUCAAUGCCAACAUUACAAAAUUUGGAAUCGGAAGUCUUAAAGCAGCAUUACUUAGGCAAUCCAGAGGAUGGGAUUCCGGAGCAUCAUCAGAGCUCUGCAUCGGGCUUCAGUGACGGCAAUGGGGACGACAGCAAUGUCAUGUCUGAUGACGACAGAGUCAAGACACCGCUCCGGUCGCCGCGGCGCAAGGGCGCUCGCCGCCUGGGCCGCUCUGAGUUCAGCAUGGAUGACGACGACUACUCGCCAAGCAACUCCGUCACCUCAGUCAAUUCACUGGCCAGCUUGUUAAAGGAGAAACUACAGAGCAUCCCGCAGAAGAUGCGUAAGAAACCUACAGACUACAAGCUACGUGCGUUCGUGGCACUCAUGUUCCUCGCUGUGGUAUUCUUCGUCAGCUUCGCGUAUGUGUUGUACCAUCAGCAGGUACUCACCAAGGCCUACUUUGAUACCGUGCAGUUCAACGAGCCAAAGCGACUCAUCAGAAUCUACAAUAAGGAUGAAGUUGAGAUACUGAGAGCUAGUUUAGGUGUAAGCUUAGAGGGUGUGAAGAAAUCGUAUCCGUGUUUGCCGGAGCACCGCUUGGGCGAUGGCUCGGAGUGCCUGCAGUGGGCGCGCGCCUUGAGACUCUACCUAAAGAGCCUGCCACACGACCCCGGUCUCGACAACACUACCUGCUACUCCGUACACUGGAAGGCUUUGCAUUCAGAUAUCGCACCUACAGAUUGCUUUGACUGGAGCGAUACUAAGGUCCACUGGUAUGGCGGCGGACAAUCACUGAACCUGACCUGGCCUGUCAACACCGGUCUUAUAGACUUCACUCCCUUCAUCACUGGUGAUAUACAAAAGUCACAAUGGAGUAACGUCUUGACACGCUACUUCAUUAAUUCUAAAGGAGCCGCUUUAAUCAUCGAUGAUGAAACACCUCUGCAUGUCGCCAUUAAUAACGGCAGGAAGGAGAUAUGCCUCAAAGCUAAAUAUGAUGACUUUGCAUUCGUAAAUAAGGUAACAGAAUUUCCAGAACUCCGAUACAAUAUAUGUACGUCCAAAGAUAUGAAAUCUCUGCAUUCUUCUAUACAUAGUCAUAGAAGGGCCCCGUUGUGGGACGGGUUGAAGCCGAAAGAUAUGCAGACUUUAGAGUCACUGAUAUCGGAGCCGGUUUGGCAAAUCGCGCCGAGAUUCAAACACGAAUUAAACGCAGAAACAAUUUCAAAAUACACCGAAGACGUAAUUAACCUAGGCUUUCUAAAACAAGGUCACGUGUUAAUCAAUGAAUUCUGGCAGAACGAAAUAGGUGACUUUACAGUCGAUAAAUCUCGCUUCGACACAUUGAAUGUUACAGUUGACAAGUUGCAUAGAAGAGGAUUUAAAGUAACUUUUACGGUUCAGCCUUUUGUCAGUACGGAAAGCAAAAACUUUGCUGAGACUGUGCAGAAGAGAUUGCUUGUGAACGAAAGGAAUGGUGAUCGCCGAAUCCCCGCACUGACAAGGUUCAAGUCCUCUCCCAGCGCGGGUGUGAUCGACAUCACCAAUAAUCGUUCAGUUCCUUGGAUACUGGAUAAGCUUCAGGCGGUUAUUGACGAAUACUUCAUAGACUCGUUCUAUUUCGACUUGGGCACGGCUUACGAUAUGCCGCAUUACUACCAGUGCGAGAAACAGUUGAUCAACCCCGAUCAUUACAAGACAAUAUUUACGAAGACCUUUGAAAAGUCUUUAGAUAUAAUAGGUGUGUCCUCAGCGGUGUCUCUACCGAGGCCACCGAUCUUUGUUUCUUUACCCCCGUUUGAAUCCACUUGGCAGGCUUUGAGACAAGUUAUACCGACGAUGUUAACGUAUGGCGUGAACGGAUAUCCGUUUAUAAUGCCCGGUGCGGUGGGCGGUGACAUUUACUGGCCGGGCAGUGAGCAGUUCUUGCCGUCAUCGAAAGGAUUAAUGGAAUCUAACGCAGCGAACUCGACUCAAGAGAACGGAAUAGACUUGCCCGAGAGAGAACUGUAUAUGAGAUGGCUGCAGAUGGCAACUUUCUUGCCCGUGAUGAAGUUUACUCAUUUACCGAGUAAAUACAACGACGAGAGAGUGUUAGAAAUGGCAAAGAAUUUGACUUUGUUAAGACAAAAACUGAUAACGCCCCUCUUGCUAAAAUACAAGCGUGAAGCGCUGGAGGAGGGCUUGCCGCUGGUUCGACCAUUAUGGCUGGUGACGGGAGGAGACUCCGCGCUAUCCGUGCGCGACGAGUUCGCCAUUGGAGACGAGCUGGUGGUAGCCCCAGUGCUGCGCCCCGGUGAGACCAGCAGAGAAGUGUACCUGCCGGCGGGUCUGUGGCAGGAUGGCAUCGAUGGCUCGCUGCGUAAGGGCAGCCGCUGGAUGCACGACUACCGCGUCCCUGUCGACCGUGUCGCCUACUUCAUCCGUAAGCCCGACGAUAUGAGGUUCAAGUGAGACUACUACCAAACACUAGAAAUACUUUAACAAUAGUGGAACAAGUAUGACAUUUAAGGUUCAUUUACACAAUCCGGAAUCGUACGAACAAAGCUCGGCAGUCGUUUCAGAGCGAAACAAAUGUUUUGCAUUACAUUAUGUUUGUCUCGUUCUUAAGCAACGGCCGAGUGUUGUUCGUACGAUUGCGAUUUGUCUAAAUGAACUUUAAUACUAUCAUACUGUUUAAUCGUGACUCAAAAUUCAAAUACAAAUGGUAAUCAGUAGAAAAUUGACUGAAGUUCUAUUAAUAUUGUCCAAUGACCAAUAUUCAUUAAUUGUAAUAUAUAUUAAAAUCUUCCAAGAGUAUUAGAACAUUAGUAUAGUUAAAAAUGCAUUUUGUAUCUUUGAAAUGUUAUUGUUCGAUUAAUUUUUGUCUAUUGAG